GAUGAACAUGCUCACCAAAGCUUUAGUAGAGAAUGCAAUGUAUUAAAAAAGGUUCGACACCGCGAUGUAAUUAAAAUCAUUUCAACAUGCUCGAACCUUGAUUUUAAAGCCUUAAUUCUUCCAUUCAUGUCAAAUGGAAGUUUGGAGAGAUGGUUGUAUCCUCCUGAAGGGAGUGGAUGCAGAUUAAAUUUGAGUGAUCGGAUAAGGAUAGCAAUGGAUAUAGCAGAAGGAAUGGCAUAUCUUCAUCAUUAUUGCUUUGUUCAAGUGAUUCACUGUGACCUCAAGCCCAACAAUGUCCUAUUAGGAGAUGAUAUGACUGCAAGUAUAGCAGAUUUUGGCCUUUCCAAUCUUAUUUUCAGCAAUUCUGUAAAUUCUUUGACUUCUACAGAUGCACUUAGAGGAUCUGUUGGCUACAUUGCACCAGAGUAUGGAAUAGGCGGAAAUCUUACUACAAAGGGAGAUGUGUACAGUUAUGGAAUUCUAGUUUUAGAGUUGUUGACAAGGAAGAGACCAAUAGAUGAUAUGUUCAAUGAAGGAAUCAAUCUACAAAAAUGGAUAGAAAUGCAUUUUCCAAAUAGAAUUUCAGAUGUGGUGGAUAAUUGCUUUCUUACAAAUGUUGAUGAAUCAGAGAAAUCAAUGGUAAUGGAAUGCCUUACUCAAUUUAUACAAAUUGGUUUGUUUUGCACAAGAGAGUCACCUCAAGAGCGACCUGAUAUGACUAAGAUAAUUGAUAGAUUAAAUACAAUCAAAUGUGCAUUUCUUGGUACCCCUACAUCUCUUCAAUUACCAAUAGAUAUCUCACCUUUCAUAAAUGAUGAAAAAAAUAUAAAUACAACUGAGUCAGGCAAUAGGGGAAGUUCAUCUAUAUCUACAUCCUAAGCCCAAAAAAAAAUUCUUGGUUUAUUUCUUAGCUAGUCCAAAACAUAAUGA